CAAUAAAGUUUAUUUAUUGGUUAUAAAUUCAAGACGCUUAUUGAAUAUCAAGAUUGAAUCUACUAUGUUAGUAAAAAUUCAAUUAUAUUUUAUUUUCUCAUUCAUUUUUCUCGCGUAUAGCAGAGAUAUAAUUUUAAAGCUGGAUACAAAGCAAAUAAUGGACAGUAUAAUAAUAUCUGAAACUUCUGAGAAAUAUUUAACUAAAUUAGCAGAAGUGUUUGCUAAGAAAGCUGCGGAAAGUUUUAUAAAGGAAAUGAGGAAUAAGGAAUAUCUAUUAUCAGAUUCUAGAGCUAAGUCAAUAACAAAGAAGCCCGUCCAUUUCCGUAUAUCUACAACGACAAAAAAGAGUAUAACCAAAGAAGAAAUUUUAAGUGAAAGAGAAGCUUACAAACUUUUGGAACAAUCUCCUCCGGAUGGAGAUCAUUUGGGAUGGCACUCUAUUGAGGAGAGUUUAGAAACAGAAGAGCGUGAAGGGGCUAAAACAGUUCCUGUGUACGGACUGAUGAAAGUUAAUGGCAUCUAUGUACGAAGGCUGUUAGGAGUCGGUGUUAUGUAAAGAACAUUUAAAAUAAAUUUUUGACUAUAA